AUGACUCUGAUAGGAGGACUCUGGGAUAUCCAGGAAGCUGAAAAAGAAGGCAAAAUUUACUGGAGCUACUUAAGAAAUGACAAGCUAGGGAAAUCCUAUGGACAUACAUCUGGAGAUGUAUGGAAUCAGUGUAAAGAAGUCUUCCUUGGUACUGAAGAAGGUAAUGUGAAUGCGAAAGAAACAGAAACACAUGACAAUGUUCAGAUCCAUGAAAAAUAUUGCAGUGGAGGGAAACCCUAUGUAUGCAAGCAAUGCGGGAAAGGUUUAACCACACUUGGAAUUUGUAAGAAACAUGAAAGAAUUCACAGAGGAGAAAGACCCUACAUAUGUAAUCAAUGUGGGAAAGCUUUUACAACACGUACAUAUUGUCAAGUACAUGAAAGACUUCACUCUGGAGAAAAACGUUAUGAAUGUGAGCACUGUGAGAAAGCUUUCAGCACACACACUUAUUGUGUAAUCCAUGAAAAACUUCACACUGGGCAGAAAUCGCAUAUAUGUAAGAAAUGUAGGAAAGCUUUUAGCAGUAAAAUUCAUUUUCAAAUACAUGAAAAUGUUCACAAUGCAGAGAAACCCUAUGUGUGUAAGCAAUGUGGAAAAGGUUUCACCCAACUUGGACGUUGUAAGGAACAUGAAAGAAUUCACAUGGGAGAGAAACCAUAUGUAUGUAAGCAAUGUGGGAAACCUUUUACCACACAUGGAUAUUGUAAGAAACAUGAAAGAAUUCACACUGGAGAGAAACCAUAUGUUUGUAAGCAAUGUGGGAAAGCUUUUAACACAUGGGGAGACUGUAAGAGACAUGAAAGAAUUCACACUGGAGUGAAACCAUAUGUAUGUAAGCAAUGUGGGAAAGCUUUUAACAGACGGGGAGUUUGUAAGAGACAUGAAAGAAUUCACACUGGAAAGAAACCAUAUGUUUGUAAGCAAUGUGGGAAAGCUUUUAACACAUGGGGAGACUGUAAGAAACAUGAAAGAAUUCACAGUGGAGAGAAACCAUAUGUAUGUAAGCAAUGUGGCAAAGCUUUUAACACACGUGCAAACUGUAAGGGUCAUGAAAGAAUUCACACUGGAGAGAAACCAUAUGUUUGUAAGGAAUGUGGGAAAGCUUUUAACAGACGGGGAGUUUGUAAGAGACAUGAAAGAAUUCACACUGGAGAGAAACCAUAUGUUUGUAAGGAAUGUGGGAAAGCUUUUAACAGACGGGGAGGUUGUAAGAGACAUGAAAGAAUUCACACUGGAGAGAAACCAUAUGUAUGUAAGCCAUGUGGAAAAGCUUUUAGCACACGGGGAGAUUGUAAGAUACAUGAAAUCAUUCACACUGGAGAGAAACCAUAUGUAUGUAAGCAAUGUGGGAAAGCUUUUAACAGACGGGGAGUUUGUAAGAGACAUGAAAGAAUUCACACUGGAGAGAAACCAUAUGUUUGUAAGCAAUGUGGCAAAGCUUUUAAAACACGUGCAAACUGUAAGGGUCAUGAAAGAAUUCACACUGGAGAGAAACCCUAUGUAUGUCAGCAAUGUGGAAAAGGAUUCACUAGUUCUGGACAUUGUAAGCAACAUGAAUGCAUUCACACUGGAGAGAAACCAUAUGUAUGUAAGCAAUGUGGGAAAGCUUUUACCAAACAUGGAUAUUGUAAGAAACAUGAAAGAAUUCACACUGGAGAGAAACCAUAUGUAUGUAAGCAAUGUGGGAAAGCUUUUAGCACAUGGGGAAAUUGUAAGAAACAUGAAAUAAUUCACACUGGAGAGAAACCCUAUGUAUGUAAGCAAUGUGGGAAAGCUUUUAGCACAUGGGGAAAUUGUAAGAAACAUGAAAGAAUUCACACUGGAGAGAAACCAUAUGUAUGUAAGCAAUGUGGGAAAGCUUUUAGCACAUGGGGAGGUUGUAAGAAACAUGAAAGAAUUCACACUGGAGACAAACUCUUACGCAUGUAAAUAAUGUGGGAAAGCUUUUAAAAUGCAGUGUAACAUAAGAGACUAGACUAAUAUCACUCUGAACAGUGAAUAAUAGUAUCCUGAGAAGGAGAAAGGUGAGGAAUUGCCUAAAAAUAGAAGGCAGAGGACAUUGUUAAAAGUGUAUCAGGAUUUAAAAUCUACAGUAGUCUUGUUGCUCUAUUUAGUUUGGUUAUAUUUUGUUCUUGUCUGUCUACUCAUAUUAGAUUUGAGGGCACACAGAGAUAACCCAAAAAUAGCAGGUUAUACCAUGGUAACUAUCCUUAAUUUCCUAUUAACUAAAACUGAAACCCUAUAUUACUUACAUUGUCUUCUAUGACUGAUCUUCUUUGAAGCUGGUUUGUUUGAAUGUUAUUUGGCCUUGACUGAUUUUAUUCACUGUGGGUAUGCUUGCUAGUAUCAAGUUCAAGAGAAGAGGCAACUUCUCAGAAGAUGACAAGAUGUAAAAGAUAUCCAUUGGUGGGCUGGGGAUUUAACUCAGUGGCUUAAGCACCUGCCUGGCAUGUGUGAGGUCAUGAGCUGGAUCUCCAGUGAACAAUCAAUCAAUCAAUCAAUAAAUAAAUAAAUAAAAGAUAUCCAUUCCA